AUGUCAUCUUCGACAGGAGAUAAGAUAUCGGAUGUCGACAUUAUACUGAAUCGCAUCAAUGUCGCUCAUGCGCGCAGCCAGCGACUCCUCCAGUCAUGGCUUCCCCCAAAGCAGGAGCAAGAGCCCACCUCGGAGAGUCGCGAGGACGAUGAGGAUUUCAGGUCCAUGACCGAGGUGGGAGGUUACGGGUCGAAGGCGGCGUAUGCGGAAGAUGCUGCGACAGACGGUCUGAUACCGCGGAAGAAGACGACUUCAAAUGACAUGCUACUGGAGCAGAUAUUGGGCAAGAAGGGGGCUCAGGCGAAGAGGAAGAAGGAUGCAGAGAAGAGCGGAGACAAGAGCGCGGUCAAGUUCGGAGCUUCAAAGCCGCUUCAAAAGUCGAAGGAGGAUUCAAAGGCACAUGUUGAGAGCGAGGAUGAAGAGGGAGGCGGUCGGGCAUCUGCUUUCAAGUCGCGUAAGGCACGCAGGACCGGUGAGGACGGGGCUCAAAGCAAUGUGUCGCACAAGGACGACGUCACCCAGUCAGAGACUCUUCCAACUGCUGAAGAUACGACACCAGCUAAGGUCAAAGACUCCGACCUUGAAGACGGGGGCGAGGACGACGUAAGGCCUACGAAAAGGAAGAAGGCAAGCUACCUCGAUGAAGUGCUGGCGCAGAAGUCCAAAAAGAAGAAGAAGAAAAAGAACAAGCAGUCGGCGAACGAUGCAGCAGUAUGA